GGAGGUAGUCGAGACCUCAGGUAACUCACCCUACACUCUCACACACACAACUGGAAGAACGUGUUUACAGUCACUGUAUUCUCUCAUCUCUACCUGACGAGACUAUCCUGGAUAUAUAGAAAACUGGGAACGCAAACCAUCUUUAUUUGUUGAACUGCUGAUUUUUGGACUCGAGGACUGAGUUUUUGAGGACUGAGUUUUUGAAGAAGGAAUGUUGAAACCUCCCUUUCUAGUAAAUAUUUUAUUGCUCUUCUCUCCCUGCGUCUGCUACUGUUCCUGUCGAUGACAUACUGCACUUUUGGACAACCUUAGAACGACCUAGACCAUUAACUUUGCAAAUUAGUCCGUUCUGUUUUUGAACUACACUCAACCAUGCCGGUGGUCAAAGUGGAGAAAGACACUUCUGAGAUCUCCCCGCCUGCUCCCAACCCCCCUCAUAUGACCACAACAGUGUCGGACGAACCGUCAAGGGGCCGCCGCAGGAAGAGACCCCUCCAGCGAGGGAAGCCCCCCUACAGCUACAUCGCCCUCAUCUCCAUGGCGAUAGCCAACUCGCCCAACCAUAAGCUGACCCUGGGCGGCAUCUACAAGUUCAUCACGGAGCGGUUCCCCUUCUACCAAGACAACUCCAAGAAGUGGCAGAACUCCAUCCGCCACAACCUGACCCUCAACGACUGCUUCAUCAAGAUCCCUAGGGAGCCAGGGAGGCCCGGGAAGGGUAACUACUGGGCCCUGGACCCCAAUGCAGAAGACAUGUUCGAGAGCGGCAGCUUCCUCCGGCGCAGGAAGAGGUUCAAGCGCUGUGACUUUACGACCUACACGUCAUAUGUACAUGAGUCCCCUGUCUUCUCGCCUGUCCAGAUUGCUCGCUCGACCUACUCCAGCUCCGUCUACGGCUCCAAUAUGGCGGUGAGUCCCCCAUACGGCCAACAUGGUCAGCUACCCUCUGCCUACUACCCAUCUUCCUCGCCCCCCGGGUUCGGUCCUCACUGCCAGUCCCACUCCCGCAUGUUCAGCAUCAACACAAUCAUAGGGCACCCCUCCGGGGGUCAGGGGCCCGAGAUGAUGCAGCAGCCCAGCCGGAGCUUCAGUCCAGAUGGAGGCCCCGCUGGGGGCCCCAGCCACUGUAACCUUGGAGCCCCAGCCUUCCAGGCCCAGUCAUGUGGAGGGGCCAUGCUGUCCCGCUCCUCGGCCCAUGUGGGGUUUCCCUACUCGGGCCCCAACGGACACCACCACCACCCACACCACCACCCACCUCAGGGCUCCUACAGCCAGGGACACAGCCAGGGGUAUGGAGGUUCAGGGCGUCUCCACUCCCACUCCUCACCCCACAUGGCUGGAGAUGCUGUGGAGCAUUAUGGGAGAGUGUCCCCGGGACCGUUGGGCUCGUUGGUCCAGUAUAACGGUGCAGGUACCACCAGCACUGGAGCCUACCUAAGACACCCCACGUACUCGGGGAACAUGGAUAGGUUUGUGUCUGCCAUCUGAGGAACUGUCUUCAAAGAAUUAUGCAUUGGGUUGGUUUUUGGAAGGAACAGUUCCAGUGGACUUUUCCGUUUCAGUUGGCGGCUAUGUGAGAGACACUGGUGUUAGUGGGAUGGCAUGAAUGACAAAGAAAAGACUAAAGGACAAAAAAUGAACAGGAUUUUUUCGUCAUGUUCUGGUGUGUUAUUUUGACUUGAAUCAAUGUGCAUGUUUUGAGAUAUAAAAUGUCAUUAAUUCAGUAACUGUGACAAAUAUGAUAUGGACUGCAAUACAAUGUAUACACGCUCAAGUAUCAAGUGCAAUGCUCAGGACACUACAUUGUUAAAUAUACAUUCAUGUUUAAAUCCAUAUCAUGAUGCACCAUAAUGUGUGUACAGUUGAGAUUUGAAUCUAAAGGUUAAAGUAUGUGUCUGGACUUGUAUCACUUUGUAGCUUCAUUUAGUAUCUCAAAAGCCUGAAUGAGGUUUUGCAGUUAGUUUUCUUUACUGUGGUGAAAAUCUGUGGUUGCAAAAGCUCAAUUUUCAUGAGUUGAAUGUGUGCAGGGUCUUUUUUUAUGUAAUUGUCUAAAUAUAUUUGUAAUGGAAUUUAAACUGUGUAAAUUAUUGUUUCAUUUUGUGCAUUUGAUAAAGAUUUUUUGAAAAAAAUG